AUGGGUUCUACAAAGUCGCCCAGAAAAUUAUUCCUAGCCUUAUUCCUCUCGCUGCUAACCCAUGGGAUCACCACAAGUGCUCAUUCGCUAGGUUACGAUGAAGAUGAGAGAGUUGCUCUUUAUGUUCUGAGAAAUAUUUUCAACAACCCCUUCUUGAACAGUAACUGGACCGGCAUACAUUGCUAUAUGAACGAUCCACCAAGAUGGUACGGCAUUCAGUGCAACAAUGGCCGUGUCACAGGAAUAGCACUGGAAGGUAUGGGACUGAAGGGGCUGAUCAGAUUCAAUGCCCUCCUUUACUUCUCCGAGCUGUCCAUCCUGAGCUUCAAGAACAAUGCCCUUCGAGGAAAUAUAAUGAAUUUUUCAGGGAAUGGGAAGUUGGCCCAAAUCGACCUCUCGGGGAACGAGUUCCACGGUCCAAUCUCAGAGUCGCUCCUGAGUCUAGCUUCAUUAGCAUCGUUAUGGCUCCAGAACAACAACCUGACAGGGAAAAUCCCAGAGUUCAAUCAAUCUACCUUGAUCUCCUUCAAUGUGUCAAACAAUAAUUUAAGUGGGCAGAUCCCAUUGACGCAAGUUGUUCAAUCAUUCAGCUUGGAUUCAUUCUCAGGCAACCCGGGACUAUGCGGACCACCCACAUCUCACUCCUGUGAAAACUCUAGCACCCUCAACUCAGUGAGCGAUGGCCCGUCGUCUUCCAAUUCUUCUGAAAAUGCACAUCCUGAUACUGGAAAAGGCAAGGGUUCUUCCAUUAAUGUCUUUCUUAUUCUUUUUCUGCUGUUCGACGUGGUGGCUCUACUUGCUGUGAUCUUGCUGUUCAUCUUGUACAAUAAGAAGGUCAAGAAGCUCAAAGAAAUUAUGAACCAAGAGAAUAGACGAGACGAAGAAGCAGAGGAGAAAGAAGAGAGAAGCGAGGCAGUUGAGAGCAGCAGAGUUGUUGAGAGAGGAGAAGAUAGAGGGAAGCUUAUAUUCUUGGAAAACAGUGGAGGGUUCGAAUUGAGUCAUCUUUUGAAGGCAUCUGCAGAGGGACUUGGGAAAGGCAUCUUUGGUAACACUUACAAGGCGAUCUUGGAUAACGGGCAAGCCCUUGUAGUAAAAAGGAUGAAGAAUCUGAAGCCGAUGACCAGCGAGGAGUUCACAAGGCAAUUGCAGUUGCUUACCAAUCAGAAACACCCGAAUCUGAUCUCUCCUCUCGCCUACUUCUUCUCUAAGCAAGAGAAGCUGUUGAUCUACCAAUAUGCAGAGAAAGGCAACUUGUUCAACCGCAUUCACGGAGGAAGGGGAAGCAAAGAGCGGGUCCCGUUCAGGUGGAACUCCAGACUAUCAGCUGCUCAAGGCGUGGCUCGUGCCCUACAGUACCUCCAUGUCAACUCCAACUCAAGAACAAACAUCAUCAUUCCACAUGGAAACCUGAAAUCGACCAAUGUCCUCCUCAAUCAAAACGACGUCAUCCUUGUCUCUGACUAUGGCCUCUCCUCGCUCAUCGCUCACCCCAUUGCCGCACAAUCCAUGGUCUGCUUCAAAUCCCCUGAAUGCCAAACCACACGAAGGAUCUCCUCAAAGACUGACGUCUGGAGCUACGGUUGUCUGCUUCUCGAACUACUCAGUGGCCGAGUCUGCACCCAUGCGGCCCCACCAGGAGUCAAAGGCAUGGAUCUCUGCAGCUGGGUGCACAGGGCAGUGAGAGAGGAAUGGACUGCUGAGAUCUUUGACCCUGAGAUAUCAGUGCAGCGAAGUGCUGCCCACAGGAUGCUCCAGUUGCUGCAGAUUGCAAUCCGGUGUUGUGAAAAGUCACCAGAUAAGCGUCCCGAGCUGGCAGAGAUCGCACAGGAGAUUGAGAAUAUGAAGGUGGCCGUUGAUUCCGAGGACGACGAGGAUGUAUCAAUAGAUCAGUCCCUCACUGACGAGUCUUUCUCGACAACAUUGUCCAUUGCUGCUGCUGCUGAUGACAGAGGAUAA